AUGAAGAGUGACCGGUCUAAAGGUUUACUUCCUCCAGACCUCAGUAAUGAACCUGGACCCCCAGACACAAAAGAGAGGAAGAGGAGGGCUGUUUCUGUGGAGGAGCAGCUGUCCUGCUGUUCUUUGUGUCAGGAUGUCCUGAAGGAUCCAGUCUAUACCAGCUGUGGACACUGGUUCUGGAGACUCCUCUGGUACAUCAUUUGGUUCUGCAGACAGUGCAUCACCUCAUACUGGGACCAGUCUGCUUCAUCAGGAGACUCCUCCUGUCCCCAGUGUGGAAAAAGAUCCAGAACCAGACCUGGACUGCAGACAGACAGUCAGACCAGCACUGUACAAAAAAGUGGUCUGCAGGAGGUUUUAGAUGAACAUCAGAUCAGUCUGAGCAGCACAUGUGAAUGUGUGACUCAAGGAACUGAUGAAGCAGGAAGUGAAAUCCUCCUCAUCAGCAUCUUCACUGAGGUCCACCUCACAGAGGGACAGAGUGAAGAGGUUAAUACCCAACAUGAGGUGAGGCAGCUUGAAACAGCUUCCAAGAUGAAGACCCUCCAUGACACUCCAAUCAAGUGUCAGGACAUCUUUAAAGUCUUACCUGACCAACAGGACAUCUGUGAAGUCUUACACAGAGUCAGAGUGGUUCUGAUGAACGGCGUCGCUGGCGUUGGAAAAACCUUCUCAGUGCUGAAGUUCACUCUGGACUGGGCACAGCGCUCCAACAACCAAGAUAUCAGUCUGCUGAUUCUGUUCUCGUUCAGGUCGCUGAACUUGAUCAAAGAUGAGCAGUACAGUCUGCUCAUGCUGAUCCAUGUUUUCUAUCCAACAUUACAGAAGCUCACAGCAGAGAAGCUCGCUGGCUGUAAAGUUUUGUUCAUCUUUGACGGCCUGGAUGAAAGCAGACUUUCACUGGAUUUCAACAACAGUGAGGUCGUGUCUGAUGUCACACAGAAGUCAUCAGUCAGCGUGCUGUUGACAAACCUCAUCAAGGGGCAGCUGCUUCCCUCAGCUCUCGUCUGGAUAACUUCCCGACCUGCAGCAGCCAAUCAGAUCCCUCCUUCAUGUGUGGACAGGGUAACAGAAGUACGAGGCUUCACUGACGCCCAGAAGGAGGAGUACUUCAGGAGGAGAUUCAGUGAUGAAGAGCAGUCCAGCACAAUCAUCUCACACAUCAAGACAUCCAGGAGCCUCCACAUCAUGUGUACCAUCCCAGUCUUCUGCUGGAUCACUGCUACAGUUCUGGACCACAUGUUGACUACAGACCAGAGAGGAGAGCUGCCCAAGACCCUGACUGACAUGUACUUACACUUCCUGCUGGUUCAGACAACAAGGAAGAAGAACAAGUAUGAUGAGGGACACGAGACGAGUCCACAGGAGCUGACAGAGGCUGACAGGAACCUUCUUCUGAAGCUGGGGAGGCUGGCGUUUGAACAACUGGAGAAAGGAAACAUCAUGUUCUACCAAGAAGACCUGGAGCAGAGUGGUCUUGAUGUCACAGAGGCCUCGGUGUUAUCAGGAGUUUGUACACAGAUCUUCAAAAGAGAGAGUGUGAUCUUCCAGAAAACAGGCUACAGCUUUGUUCAUCUGAGCAUUCAGGAGUUUCUGGCUGCAGUCUACGUGUACCACUGUUACAACAGGAAGACAAAGGUACUGGAGGACUUCCUGGGAGAAGACUACAGUUACUCAUCUCUAGAUGACUUCCUGAAGGGAGUCAUGGAGAAAUCUCUCAGCAGUAAAAAUGGCCACCUGGACCUGUUUAUCCGCUUCCUUCAUGGCCUCUCUCUGGAGUCCAACCAGGGUCUCUUAGGAGGCCUGCUGGGUCAGACAGACAACAGUCCAGAAACCAUCCAGAGAGCCAUCAACAACCUGAAGGAGAUGAACAGUUUGGGUAUCUCUCCUGACAGAAGCAUCAACAUUUUCCACUGUCUGAUGGAGAUGAACGACCGCUCAGUACAUCAGGAGAUCCAAGAGUUCCUGAAGUCAGAGAACAGAUCAGAGAAGGAACUCUCUGAGAUCCACUGCUCAGCUCUGGCCUACAUGCUGCAGAUGUCAGAGGAGGUUCUGGAUGAGUUUGACCUGCAGAAGUACAAAGCAUCACGGGAAGGACAACUGAGACUGAUCCCGGCUGUGAGGAACUGCAGAAAGCACUUUGUAAACUUGUGUUUGAAACAUGAAGAUGAAUGA